GCCCGUCUGUUCACCCUCGAUAGGACCAAUAAUUACUGGGGAAAAACUACGAAGUUCAUCCAAAUUUAUACCCCGAGGAAUAAGGAAAAAUGUUUCGACAAGCAAUUAUUCAAGGAGCCCGACAAUUCACUCCUGCUUGCAGAGGAGGAACCCUAAGGACCUCCCCGGUAGUUGUUCAUUCGGUCCGGCAAUGGCAAGUGGCACCUUCAUACGCCCGAUUACGGAGGGGGUACUUCACCGAGCAGACCACAAGUACCUCAUCAUCAAAGGAGAAGGAAAAUGGACCAACCCCAGCAGCGUCGGAACCCCAGACGAAAACCGACCAACAACGAUCGCCAGAAGACGCCAACGAAUUAACCAAAGAAGUCGAGACCCUAAAGAAAGACGUCGAAGAGCGGGCUAAAGAAGCCAGAGACUACAAGGACAGAUUCCAACGCGCGGCAGCCGACUUCCGCAACCUGCAGGACCGCACGGAGCGCGAGAAGAAGAUAGCUAGGGACUUUGCUAUACAAAAGUUCGCCAAGGACCUCGUCGAGUCGGUCGAUAACCUCGACCGCGCGCUCUCCGCUGUCCCGGCUGAGAGCAGGACGGAGGAGAAUAAGGAUCUGAUGAACCUGUACAAUGGCCUGAAGAUGACGGAGGAGAUACUCUUGAACACCCUCAAACGUCACGGGCUCGAGAAGGUUGACCCCAUGGGUGAGGCGUUUGAUCCGAAUAAACAUGAGGCCGUGUUCCAGGUCCCCAUGCCAGACAAGGAGCCUGGCACUGUGUUUAAUGUGCAGCAGACUGGGUUUGCACUUAAUGGGAGGACUAUCAGGGCUGCAAAGGUGGGCGUAGUCGCCGCCGCGGUGGAAUAAAACAUAUUUUGCGGAAAAUUGAUCAUUGGCGCCCGUGCGGGCGAGGGGGGGCUCAUAACCUAAUGAGAGCCUUUUUCCAAGGAAUAAAAAAAAAAGGAAGAACCCAUUUUCCUAAAUUUCG